AUGGAUGUUACAGCUGUCACCUUCCCCGAUUGUCUCCCCUCCAUCCUCAACGACAUCGCCACCAGCUGCUUCGUGUCCAUAGACUUCGAGCUGUCUGGGGUGGUUUUUAAACCAAGUAGUCCGCAGUUCCGGCCCCAAACUAUGCAGGAGCGAUACGUGGAAGCCAAGGCGGCCGCAGAGCGGUACCAGAUUCUCCAAGUUGGGCUGACAACAUGUCAUGAAGACAAGGAAAAUGCCACCUACAUUCUGAAACCAUACAACAUAAAUCUGAGCCCAAUCACCCAGCAUGAGAUGGAUGUGAAUCGGGACUGGACAUUCGGAAGCCGCUCGAUGGAAUUCUUGCUCGCGAAUGACUUCAGCAUUGAUCAUAUGUGCUCCUUCGGUGUCCACUACCUGUCUCGAGAGGAAGAAAAACUGGCGAUCAAAAGAGCUACGGAGAAAUGUCAAUCGCGGAAUGUUGUCCGGGUUGCAGAUAUUAAAAAAGACGACCAUGAAUCUCUGCAGUUCCUUGAAGCCGUUCGGAUCAGUAUCAAUGAGUGGCUGGCACAGGGCGAGAAACGCCGUGACUGGCUCAACAUCCCACCACCCAGCAGUCUGCAGAUUAUUCCGGGCCCCAUGCCUACCGGGCUGAGCAGUAUGCAGAAAUGGCUGAUACACCACCUUAUCAGCGACGAAUACCCCAACCUAACGUCGCGAGGUGCGUCAACGUUCGUCCAAAUCCUUUUGCGGGACCCGUGCAAUGAGCAAUCUACCAUUGGUGCGAAAUUGAAGGUCAAAAAGGAACGAGUCCGGAAGCAUGUCGGGUUCCGCUGGAUCGCAGAAGCACUUGUGGGUGGAAGCCUGGUAGAACUUGAAUCGGACGCUUUCCAUCCUCUGAUGAAGAUAAUCGAGCAGCCAGCUUUCGGAAUCCAGCAGUUGGCAGACAAAGUGAAGAACCGGCUCAAGGAGAACAGACCGGUUCUAGUUGGCCACAACAUUUUCUGCGAUCUGCUCUUCUUCUACAGGUGUUUCCUGGGCCCGUUGCCGAAUACCCUCGCCGAGUUCCAGACCGUCAUCCACGAGGUAUUCCCCAUGGUAGCUGACACCAAGUACAUUGCCACUCAUGACUGCGGCUCUCUAAACCCCAUGUCUUCGCUCGAAGAACUCAACACGACUUUGGCUGGAAUAGAAAGCCCCAAGAUAGAGAUCGACCCUCGCUUUCCGAAGUACAAGUUCCGUAAGCGUACUCACGAGGCAGGAUACGAUAGCAUGCUUGCCGCCAUGGCCUUCAUCAAACUGGCAGGCGAGAUACAGCGCAGCCCUUCCCAGCCGACUGUCAGAUCCCGGCUACACACCACAACGCCCAGUUUGGUUGCCGGUAUUAUGGCACAGCCUAGCAACCAGACUGUUCCAGGAAGUGAAUUCAGCAACUUCUUUGACGUGGAUACUGAGACCAUUCCGAUGAUUCAUCCAACUCAGAUUGCUCGAGCUGGCACAUCCCUAGCCAACACUGGUUCCGGGCAUAUAGCUCGCCUAGCCAGCCAGGGCAAAUUACUGCCGCGUCUCGGGGAUCCCUUCUGGGAUAUCUACGGGAACAUACUGCGGGUGUUCGGUACACAGGAGAGGAUGUUGCAGCUCGGAAAGCAGGUGCCAGAGCAGGAAGAUCUGCUCUUGGAUAUUUGA